CGGCGGCCACGUUGACAGGGCGGGCGCGGGGCGGGCUGGGGCCGGGCUGGCGCCGCGGUGCGGGGUUACGGGAGCGGGGCCGCUGCCGCAGUAAAACAAAAAAAUGUCAUCGCCUCCCAAAGAGAAAGCAGAGACGCGGGCCGGACACCCUCCUGCUGUGAAAGCUGGUGGGAUGCGGAUUGUGCAGAAGCACCCACACAAUUCUGAUGCCAAAGAAGAAAAAGAUAAGGAUGACCAAGACUGGGAAACCAGCAGCCCACCCAAACCAGCGGUGUUCAUCUCUGGUGUCAUUGCUAGGGGUGAUAAGGACUUCCCUCCAGCUGCGGCUCAGGUGGCUCAUCAGAAACCACAUCCUUCUGUGGAGAAGCUUCCUCACCCACAACAUAUCAAACAGCACAUCCAUCAGCCUCGCAAGUGAGCUCUCCAUCGAAAUCUCUGCCAAACUGCCAUCAGUGAAUAAGUUUUUGAGAGAAGACGAGAAUGCUUUAGGAUUCACACUAUCAAAUCAGUAAAAUUGACCUUUAAAAUAAAAUGCUGUUUCUUUUACUUUAGUUCUCAAGGGUUAAUAAGAAUGAAGACACUGUUCAGUUGUUGUCCCAGAUGGAAAAAUCUCUAAGUAUUUGCUGAUCAGAGUGGGCUUUUUAUAAGAUUUUCUUAUUGCCAAGAUAAAACUAUACUAUGAAUAAUGUGAUUAAAGGGCUUAAAACGUGUACUUUUAGUUGUGGCAUCGCAAUAGCAGAUAGUUAGUGUUAUUUUUGUGCUAGUAAAGAAGAAUAGCCCCUUUGUGCUGGUACCUUUACUACCUGGAGGGAGCUUGUUGUGUGCAUUGAGACAGAAAACGGUGGUUGUCUUGAUUACAUAGAACCUUUGGAGUCUUCAGUAUCCUACGGUGUUACAUAUGAGUGACUGUGCCCUCUGAUUUCAACUAGUGAGAUGAUAAAAGGGCCCAAAAAAUAUUCUCAAGUGGGCAGAAAUCCAGCUGAAUCUUCUUUACACCCCUUUGCGCUCACACAGGCUUGCUGAGGUUCUUCCAUUUGGAGGUCUAUGGGUGUGGAGAGGGGAAGAUAAAUCAGUUACAGGAACACUGCUGCUGUAGGCAACCGAUUUGUGAUCUCAAGGGUCUCACUGAGGGCUGUAUUUUUAUGAGGUGGUGAUUUCUCAGUUCCAAUAGCAAGCUGAAGUAUUUUGGGACCCUCCAGAAUUAAACUUAUAAUAUACUGGCAAAAAAUCUGUUUUCUUUUUUUUACUUACAAUUUGAGAUCACUGUUUGAAAUUAAGAAAUACCAUUACUAAAUGUGCUCAACUUUAUGACACAGUUUGUGUUGCGCAUCAUAUUUUUUCCUAGUCAUCUUGUUGUGAAUAAGGACAGUAGUGAUAUGAGGGAAUAAAAAAGUUACUUUUCAAAGAGAGCAAUUGGAUUAUUUUUGGCCAUAUAAUCUUUUGAUUGCACAGUUCAAAGUCACUUAGCUCGUAUCAUUUUCCUUCUGCAACUCAUCUCUGUAAAACCCAGGAAAACAAUUUUUUAAACAUUCCACCUACAUUUUUAUAGGGUACUUCUGGUUUUAACUGACUACAAAUGCAAUAAAUCCUUUAGUACCUUCUAGGUUUAUAAAACUUAUAAUAAUGUCCAAAAAGUGGGUACCAGAGCUGGUGCUACAAACAUUUACCGUUGAAAACUUGGAGUCACUUGAAGCUUUACUAGUUCAUUUAUGUUUAAAAUCAAUUAAUACAGAAAAACAGUGAUACGAUAUGAUUUUUAAAAAUUUCUGUAGGUUAAGUAAUUAUUCCUUGAAUAGCUGAUUUAAAACAACAUUAGCAACAGAAUCAUGUGAAAUAUAUCCCAUUUCACAAGUGGAAUAACUCACUUCAUGUGGGUGAGAGGGACCUGGCAUUUCCAUUUCUUUACAGGCUUGAAAUGGAAGUGAUGUUUUGCAAAGGAUAUGCAUGAAUCUAUCCUUAUCCUACACCCAAGGAGGGAUGCACAGUCUGUAUAUACAGUCCUUAUUUUCAAUUUAAUUAGAUAACCGUACUUGCCUUAAGGAACGAGUGUUGUUUGUAAGAACUAUUCUGCAUUAGAAUAUCUAUAAUUUUUAAAAUAUGCUUUCCAUUUCUGAUGUCGGUACAUCUGAGGCCUUGUUUGUAGCCACUCAUGAGUCUACAAGCGAGUCACAUAUGAGUAACUCAUUUAUAAGGGUAACAUUGUUGAGCCUCAUGGAAUAUCUGCACCAGGUAAUUUGCUGACAGAAACAUUUGGAGAUUCAGGACAGAAAGUUGUGGCAUCCUGUUGAUGGUGCAGCCAGUAGCUGUCAGUGUGCUGUGUGGGCAAUAAAGUAGGUCAUUGCAGUUGGCUGGUACUGGCAGCUGCUAGCUUGAGAGUGAGCUGGAUAGUCUUGUGCCUACAUCUAAGGUAGAGUCUAGACUCCAGCUGUAGUCAAUGGUGAUGUAGUCAAGACAGUUGGUAGAGUUUAGGUAUGACGUCUUUGACCAAAUGGAGGUGUCUUUCAAGACAAGCUGAAUCACUUUCCAUUGACUGCAGUGGAAACCUAGAUGUACCUCAGUGUAGAACCACACGAUCAGGUGGGGCUGGGUACCUCUGCUCUGUGUCUAGUAACAGCUGGUAGAAAUGCACAUUUCUGUCUAUCUUCUGAAAGCAACACCACAUUUCCAUUCUAAUACUGAAAAUUAGGAACAUGGAUGGUUUUGAAUUAUGAAAUACUGCUCCUGGUUGUUAAUGCAAUACAUACAGCAUAUAUAGACUGUACCUGAAUUUUGUCUUUGAUUACUUAGAUGAAUAUGUAAGUUUGUACAAUGGAUUAUGACUCUCAAGAUAGCUUUAGUGGCUUUUAGAGUACAGGAAUUCCUUUAUGGUUAGAAAAUGUCUCUGUAUGAAAGCUUAUUAUAUAUUGUUGGGAGGUAUCCAUGUUUAUACAUAGGUGUCCUUACCAAAGCAUUGCCUUGCCCGAAAUAAAGAAUCAUAACUUGUGAUCUGGGUUGCCUUAUUGAUGGUUAUUGAUAAUUUUAAAAUAUGUUACAGCAACAUACUGUCACAGGCGAUGUUACCUUGACAUGAUUGCAAAAGACAUUUUCUGUCAUUGUCAUUGUGGCUAUAAUGCAACAAUAAAGCAUGAAGUUCUAUAUUGGGCUCUU